AUCUCGUGGCAAUCGUGCCUGCAGCAGCGGCAACGCUAUCAGUAUCCGUAUCAGAAGCAGAAAGUUUGGCGAUCGAGUCCGGGUAUCGAGGCAACCUUUUCGUCACCAGUCGCAUCAUUUCGCAUUGACGGGAUUUUCCUUGUCACACCUACACAGCACACUGCAUCCGUUCCGAGCCCGAAUAGACAUCAACGACAAUCCCACAAAGCUUCGUUCACACACCCAAGAUCCAGGUAUCCAAUCCUUUCGCCAGAUCACCCCGCCGUAUCACCGUCGCGCAUCCGUCCAGUUGGGCUGCAGCUCAGAGUUGACAAGCAACUUCUCCCCACCAUCCACAUACGCACAUCCUAGACGUCGGAGCAUCAUCGCAGCCAUGAGCAAGUACGGCGUGAUGGUGAUGGGCCCCGCGGGGGCGGGAAAGUCCACCUUUUGCGCAUCGCUCAUCACACAUCUUCAACUUAACCGGCGCUCUGCUUUCUACGUGAACCUCGAUCCCGCCGCCGAAUCAUUCGAACACACGCCCGAUCUCGACAUCAAGGACCUGAUAUCUCUAGAAGAUGUGAUGGACGAGAUGAAGCUCGGCCCCAACGGCGGCCUGAUCUACUGCUUCGAGUUCCUCAUGGAGAACCUCGACUUCCUGACCGAGGCGCUGGACUCGCUGACCGAGGAGUACCUCAUUAUCUUUGAUAUGCCGGGUCAAAUUGAGCUUUACACGCAUAUUCCAAUCCUUCCUACCCUUGUCAAGUUCCUCACAACACCCGGCGCCCUGGACAUUCGAUUGUGCGCCGCAUACCUGCUGGAAGCUACCUUUGUCGUCGAUCGUGCCAAAUACUUUGCAGGUUCCCUGAGCGCCAUGAGCGCCAUGAUCAUGCUGGAAGUCCCACAUAUCAACAUUCUCAGCAAGAUGGAUCUGGUCAAGAACCAAGUGAGGAAGAAGGACCUCAAGAAGUUUAUAACCCCGGAUACCUCGUUGUUGCUUGACGAUCCAGCGGACCUUGCCAGGAGGAAGGCCGGCGAGGACACCUCGGAUGACCAGUACGCCGAUCCCCAGGAUAAGAACGCCAUGCUGUCUGGCGCGACGUUCAAGCGCCUCAACACAGCUGUCGCGCAACUGCUUGAAACCUUCAGCAUGGUCAGCUACCUCAAGCUGGAUUCCACCGACGAGGACAGUGUUGGGGCAAUUCUGAGCUACAUUGAUGACUGCAUACAAUACCACGAAGCACAAGAACCACGGGAGCUGAAGGACGAAGAGUUUGACGAGCCUGAGGAAUAGUUGGGAAGAGGAAUGAUUCGCAGCUUGGGAAAAAAAAGAGUCUCCAGACUUUGACUGAAUUACGUAUGGAUUCGUCAUUACCAUAUGGGCAAAAUGUAUAGGGAUUCUGCAUAGCGACGGCGUCGGGGAAGAAGAUACAAGUUUGGCUCACCGAAAAAGAAUGGGAUGGGGUACGGAAGCAAAGCAAUAAU